CCACCUGCAGCCCAAUUUGAUCUCUCACAUCCCGCCAUGGCCGAAUCGAGAUAGCAAUGAAGCUGUCAAGAGUCACUCCUUUCACGCUCUUGGCAGCAAGCUGUCAGGCUGCUUAUGUGCAGUUUCAAGACUGCGCUGAUGCGGUUGCCAAUAAGUCGCUCAUUCCGGAGAGUUUUGGCGCGAGUGCUGGGCUAGGGGGGGAUGGUUUUGAGUGGCGGUUUGAUGUUAUCGCUGGGCAGGCGGAGCGGAAUGCCUGUGAGAUUGAUAUUGGAGAUGUCAGACCAAGGUUUACGGUCAUCGACUAUGGGAGCGACCCAAAGGAAGUCUCAGGAGAGAUCGUGAACAUAUCCUGCUACAGUUCCGAAUGGCUCGGCCCGAGAGCUCAUUUCACCAUUGCAUCUUCCUUUGAACGAUUAGCUUUCCUCGACACCUUUCGAACAACUCUAGAGAUGACAUCCAAAGAUAACGAAUCACUCUCCUGCAUCCGAGCAAUCCUCACUCCUGCUGCUCCGGAGCCCAUCCGCCUUCUCAGCCUCUGGCUCCCCAUCGCCACUUUCGCCUUAACCUGUAUCGUCGCAUGUUGGCCGGCCCAACCACCCACCAGCUCCUCAACCCCCAAGAACGCUCGUAUCGCACGCGCCAUCGAUCUCUUAGCUUAUAUCCAGUUCAUGUUUUUCUCAGGCGCUAUCAGCCUUCGAUACCCUGGCUUCUUCCAACCUCUCGUCGGCCUCUGUAGCUGGUCUACCCUGAUGCUUCCGGCUGGGCUGGUAGAAACCGACUCUCCUUAUCCACGAGCAGGCGUCAAAGACGGUAUUUACGAACACAAUGGGACGAUCACUGGGGCUCCCGGCUUGGAGCUUUUGACGCAAAUGACGGGGUCGCCAGUGAAGCCCCAAAGCUGGAUGAAUACCUUCGUCCUAUCACUACUUAUCUUUUUCUUCCUUUACUUAUCAUCAUAUGUCAGCUUCCGAUUGAGCCAUCGUGAGCCAAUCUCGAAACUUACUCUAGCGGCUCUAGGAGCGCAACUCAAAGACCGAUACUGGACUGUUGUCAGGAUCUUCCUCAGCUGUUUCAUGCUACCGAUUAGUGCAUGGGCAACCUACCAAUUUCUCGAUGACCAGAUAUUUGGAUAUAGAAGCUCAGCCAUGGCAAUCAUAAUCUUGAUUCUGUUAUUGGCAGGCUUCUGGUGGAGUUGGACAAGAGACUCCGAGAUGGGAUCGCUGGUUAUUCAGAGCCCAGGCCGGCUGAACAAAGACCCGGAAUCUGGGCGACAAUACUACACUUUGGUGCUGUUCUCAUUGAUGUUUCUACGGGGAAGUGUGAUUGGCGGAUUGCAAACGUACACCUCUGUUCAGCUUGGUGUGCUGUUAGGAUGUGAGCUUGUACAACUGCUAGCAAUGACGUUCAGGACAAGAUUUGCAUGCUUCAUUUCCCUUCCAGGCAUCGUGUCUGUCUCGAGGCUGGCAUUGCUCGCGCUUCACAUUGGCUUUGUUCCUGGACUGGCCAGUCACUCAGGCAGGAUGCUUGUCGCCUAUAUCAUUCUUUGUGGGCAUGUUGCCGUACUCAUAUGCAUUUUCCUGCUGCCUGCGGUCAUCGACAUGGCGCAUCUUAUCAUGUACGGCAGGGCCGUAACAAUGCCGGACGUAGAAAGAGGCACACAUGUACAAGAACUCCCCAGGCCUAUCCAGCGCGCCCAAACAGACAUUGAAAGCCUUCAACAGUCAAAACCAACUAACGAUGGUGAUACAAAUUCUACUCGAGCAUUCUCAUCAGACUUCAAUCAGCUUCUGUUGGAGAUGAUUCUAAAGCGCGAAAUACACACUCCAUUGAUCGGUUCAACAUCUCAGAAAGCACUAACAGAGUUUCUGGGAGACUUCAAAGGGGGAGGUGCAAGAGCCGAGAUCAAGAAGAACCCUAAUGUCUUCAGCGACUCUUCCGGUACGCUUAUUGAUUCGAUCAGCUCCAAUGAGAAGAUCGCACCCAUUGCAGACCUUGCAGCUGUCGACAUAAUGUCGCAUCUAUUCUCGGAAGGAAAUUCAGCUAUCCGCAGCACCUCUCUGCACCAUAACCUCGAUCAUCCCAUUAAUGAAUACUUCAUCUCAUCUUCUCACAACACGUACCUCCGAGGCCGCCAAGUCGCUGCCCGGUCCAAGCUCAAAGGCUAUAUUUCAACGCUUUCACAAGGUUGUCGAUCAGUGGAGGUUGAUUGCUGGGACGGACGAGAUGGGCAGCCGAUCGUCAAACACGGAUAUAGUUUGACAACUUCUAUCAGCUUUCGGUCUGUGAUCGAAACUAUCAACAAUUAUGCUUUCUUUGCUUGUGACUUGCCUCUGUGGCUAUCGCUGGAAGUCCACUGCAGCCCAGCACAAAGGGACAUCAUGGCACGUACCAUGCUUGAGAUAUUUAGAUCGAGCUUAGUGGUCGAGCCACUUGAUUCUUCUGCCCAGGAACUCCCUUCGCCCAACCAGCUACGGGGAAAGAUCUUGCUGAAAGUCAAGGUAGCUCAAACUCAAGACCCACUUCAGGAAUCACUUGCACCUGAAUACUUGAACUUGGACGGGACUAUAGAAGAUGUCGAAAACCACAGCCCUCUGGAAAUACCAUGUGACUUACUACAGAGUCUCGCAGUAUACGGAGCGAGUAGAAGACUACCGAAAGACGCAGAGUUCGAUUCACAGAGGAACUUCAUCUACUCCAUCUCGGAGCGAAACUUCAAGAAACACACCAAAGACAACUGUUCGCUCGAAUUAGCGGGAACGCAUCAUCUUGUUCGGGUAUAUCCAGAUCCGAACAGGGUUGACUCAUCCAACUUUGACCCCCUCCGAUGUUGGAGACAUGGGGUUCAGAUGGCCGCUCUUAAUUGCCAGACCGAUGACUUCUACAUGAGUUUGAAUCAAGCAAUGUUUCAUGGAAGUUCAGGAUAUGUGUUAAAGGCUUCACCGCAGCCAACGCAGAUACGAAUCCAAAUUGACAUUCUCAUGGGACAUGGUCUGAAGGUGUCGACAGGGAAUGGGCCGGUCUAUGUCAAGAUUCAGCUGAUUGCGCCUGAUACAUUGAAACAGAAAGCACGGACGGCGGCUAUUUCUGUACACGGCUCAGAUGUAGCCUUUGAUGAAAACUUAGAGAUUUCGAUGGAGACGAACUAUCCUUAUCUCACAUUCCUGCACUGGUCAGUCAACACCAUGUCCAAUGGACGUUCUACGUUGAUGGCUUCAGGCACUGCCAAGCUUAGCAAUCUGAAGGAGGGAUAUAGGGUUCUCCCGCUAUGCGAGGGGUCAAAUAACGAGGGGCGUUUGUCAUGUAAAAUUAGUGUAAAGUCGAUGUAAGCGAUUGUGACGAUAUUUCAUGAUUUUGAGUUAGAACAAUAUUAGUGCACAGC